CCAUGAUAGAUGUAGCUAAUGAAUUGGGUGUUCCUUCCUAUGUGUACUUCGCCUCCAGUGCGGCCUGCCUUGCUCUCAUGUUUCAUCUUCAAACCCUCAAGGACCGCCAGGGCGUGGAUGUUACUGAGUUUGCUAACUCGGAUGCUGAGUUGGUGGUCCCGGGUUUUGUCAACUCGGUUCCUGCUCGAGUCUUGCCUGCUACGGCGGUGGACAAGGAGGGUGGCGGAUCCAUGGAUUUCCUCGACCGGCGCUGGAGCAUUCCACAUGGAUCAAAUCAAGGAGAUUGCAAUUGGGCUUGAGAAUAGUGGGCAUCGUUUCUUGUGGACACUCCGACGACCUCCACCAAAAGGUAAGAUGGCAAUACCUAGUGAUUAUGUGAAUUUCGAGGAAGUAUUACCUGAAGGGUUCUUAGAUCGUAUAUCUAAAAUUGGAAAGAUAAUUGGAUGGGCACCACAAGCAGCUGUUUUAGCUCACUCUGCAGUAGGAGGGUUUAUAUCUCAUUGUGGGUGGAAUUCUAUAUUAGAAAGCAUAUGGUAUGGUGUCCCAGUAGCUACAUGGCCUAUGUAUGCAGAACAACAAUUGAAUGCGUUUCAAAUAGUAAGAGAGUUAGAAAUGGGGGUAGAGAUUAGAUUUGAUUAUAACAUGAAUACUAGUAAUCUUGUAAGUGCUCAAGAAAUUGAGAGUAGAAUAUGGAGUUUAAUGGAUGAUAGCAGCAACAUUAGAAUGAAAAGGGCAAAAAUGAAAGAAAAGUGCAUGAAAGCCUUGACGAAAGGUGGAUCUUCGGACUCUAGCAUACAACGUCUAAUUGGAGACAUGAUAACUAAUAUCUCAUGAAGUGAAUGCUAAAGCGAUGUAUUAUCAAAAAAAAGGUUCUAAGUCCUUAAAAAUGUUUGUUUCAAUUGCUUUUAAUAAUGUAUUGGUUGAGUGUCAUAGAAAAAUUAAGUUGAAAAAAAUGUAUUGUCUACUUACUUUAAAUAAAAAUAAAAGUAGCAUAUGUUACAUCUUGUGUGACAUCUUUAUUUUAAUAUUAGAUGAUGUAUCAAA